CCCAACCGAAGUUGUCGCCACCAUGGCACCGUCACGAACGAGACCCCAACUUACACAGGAAGACGAAUAUCGUGAAGCUCGAGCCCGCUGGGACAGCCUAUUUGUAGCGGCAGACGCACGAGAGCGCGCGAUAUCCCGCGUUCAAAUAAUUCCCACUAUCGUCGACAGUGACAACGAGUCGCUCACACCAGCCCCCUAAGUACGAGCACGCUCUCACCACCCAAGGUCCCGAACGCGUCCUCAAAAUGUGCAAUUUCUCGCCGCGCGAGUUUGAUCAACUCUGGGAUGUUGUCGAGGACCAUGGCCUGUCAAAAUGGAAUGUAGGCCGUGGAAAGAAGAACCCGAACUCCCCCAAGGACGUCCUCUUCAUGACACUAGCUACCCUUAAACACUGUGGAAGCUGGGACACUGUGCUCGGGUGAAAUCACACCUCGGCGGAUAAGACGACGCCGAAGCGUUGGUAGUCAACGGGCGAGCAAUAAUGGGAGCCAAGCUGCUAGUCCAUGCAGCACAGAGUAUGGAUCGAGCUAAAUUUUGGC